CACGUUUCAGUAAAACAAGUUUGAGUGAAUACCAAAAAGGUCAAUUUGUUCCCUUCCAUCCAAAAAUCUAUUACUUUUCCCAGUCAGCAUGACACGCCAUUAAAAAAAUUAAUAAAUAAACUCAUUUAAUAAUCCGAAUUAACUCUAACCGGUUCACUAGCUUUAUACCUACCCGCAGUACGCUAAUAGCCUAAUACCCACCCACUCUCUCGUACCCUUCCUCCCUCCGACCACCGUGGUCUCUCUCUCUCUUCUAGUCCCAAUAGCAAUUCAGGCCGCCAUCGCCGCCAUCAACUCCGACCCUUCCGUUCUCCCCCAAAUCAAGCUCCUUGCCACGGUGCACGACACCAAUUUCAGCAACUUUCUUGGCAUCGUCGAAGGUAAUGUCAUUCUUAAUCUCAAUCUCUAUCAACAUUUUUUUAUUUGACCAUUUGUUGAUUAAAGUCUCCUAAUCUCUAAUUUGCAGUGUUAAGGUUGAUGGAGAGCAAGACGAUGGCCGGCCGUUGUAAGCAAUGAACCGGACCGCUAUCAUAACUAGUUUGAUAAUUCUACUGGCUCGGACGUUGAUCCGGUUCGGUUCUUAUAACAAUAGUAUUACCGUACAAGGCCCCAAAAAGCCUAUCACUACCAGGUCUAGAUAUUGGCAAUCUGGAUUCUGGAGGAGAUUUUUCUUAGAGCUGAGAGUGGCAAGUGGCAACAAAUCGAAUUAGAAUGGUUGAGAGAAAGCCAAGUGUCGAAGUAGCUCUUGUUGCCAAUCAGACUAUGCUGACGAUAUCCAGUUAUCCUGGCAACAAAUCCACCUGUUCAACUCUUGUUGGAUACCCAGAUCCUAACCUAAUCUGAAAGAGGUGGUGGGCCAUCUCUUGAUUCCAGCCAAGACUUCAAUGCCACUAAGUAGUGCCUGUUUCAUCUUGAACAGCCCUAAGUUAUUCUCCCCUGUCCUCAUAUUCUCUUCUUUCUUCUUUCUCAGGGGAACCCCCAACUUCUUGCCACACUAGUUUACCUCUGAAAGGGCAACAAUGGCGACACAGGCUCUGGUGUCAUCCUCCCUCACUUCUUCGGUGGAGAGUGCCAGGCAAAUCCUGGGAUCAAGGUCUGGCCAGCCUUCAUUUGGGUCCUCCAGGAAAGGAUCCUUUGUUGUUAGGGCGGCUUCUACUCCCCCUGUUAAGCAAGGAACUAACAGACAACUAUGGUUUGCAUCGAAACAGAGUCUGUCUUACCUUGACGGAAGCCUCCCAGGUGACUUCGGAUUUGACCCACUGGGUCUCUCAGACCCCGAGGGCACUGGAGGCUUCAUCGAGCCGAAAUGGCUAGCCUAUGGCGAGAUCAUCAACGGACGGUUCGCCAUGUUGGGAGCUGCAGGUGCUAUUGCCCCCGAAAUAUUGGGCAAAGCCGGUCUGAUCCCAGCUGAAACUGCCCUCCCAUGGUUCCAAACCGGGGUCAUCCCACCAGCCGGAACAUACAGCUACUGGGCAGACCCAUACACUCUAUUUGUCCUGGAGAUGGCCCUGAUGGGGUUCGCCGAGCACAGGAGACUUCAGGACUGGUACAAUCCUGGAUCGAUGGGGAAGCAGUAUUUCUUGGGAUUUGAGAAGUUUUUGGGUGGCUCAGGUGACCCUGCUUAUCCCGGAGGACCUAUCUUCAACCCUCUAGGGUUUGGGAAAGAUGAGAAGUCGAUGAAGGAGUUGAAGUUGAAGGAGGUGAAGAAUGGCAGGUUGGCCAUGUUGGCUGUUUUGGGUUACUUUAUUCAGGGUCUUGUGACUGGUGUUGGACCGUACCAGAAUCUGCUUGACCACUUGUCUGAUCCUGUCAACAACAAUAUCUUGACUAGCCUCAAGUUUCAUUAGAAUGAAACCCAUUUUGGCUGUAAUCAUUUCAUCUUCCAUCCCCUUUGUAACCAUCUUGUGAAAAGAAUGAACUGCUACUAUAAUUUCAUGUAAGAAAUGAUGGUUGUUAAGGAUUAAGAUAGAACCUGUUCGUUGCUACUGUCUUUGUGUCUGUCUAACUCGGCUGCUUUAUGAUGCUAUGUAUCUUCCAACCCUUCCCCAUGAAUAGUAGGAUGGCAAACAUAGACGGCUCUGCCACUUCCCAAGGCUAACGAAAAACCUGUAGCCUUCUACAAUGGCAAUUGAUAGAAGGUUGGAUCACAGUGACCAACUCGGCAGAAGUCAAGUAUAUG